AUGAGGGUGAGUAGAGGUCCAAGCGGCCUCACGCCGAAGGCGAGGGUUUUUUCGCAACGCCAGCAGCAGCAGCAGCAGCAAGAGCAGCAAGGCCAGGGGCAGACUCAGACUCUCCAGGCAAGGCGAAUGAGCCUUCAUACCCCGCCUGUUGCUGCGACGCCUUCUUCCUCUACGCUGCGCAAGUCCUACCCUACCGCUACUGUGUCAACCUCUCGCAGCAGGCUCUACGAAGGGACGAUCUCCUCGCGAUCCAAGAUGGUGGGAGCAGCGGCAGCAACAACGGCAGCAAGAAGGGCAUCACUAGCGCCGGCGCCGCUGCCAGCACAAGGGUCCAGAAGAGCCUCGGGCAUGACCCCAACUCCACCGAGAAGAGUACGAUGGACGGGCAAGUAUGAGAACCUGCGCGGUCAGGGCGACAGAGAGAAGCCGUCGUCGUCGCCGCCGCCGCCGCCGCCGCCGAAACCCACGAAGAAAGAACCGGUCGACCUGCGUGCGCAGGGCAGGGCUCCGAACCGGGAAUCUCCGAGGAAGAUCGAGCGAGGACCCCCAAUUCCACAACCACCAGCUCCGCCCAAGAUCCAAAUCACACGAGCCCCAAACUGUGGCAAAAGUCGUCAAAGCUCUGCCGUCAGGGCCAGCCUUACUGUCCCUGCUCCUGUCCCUGCCCCUCCAGAAAAGACAACAGCCGCAGCAACGGUAACAACACAGUCCCAAAACUCAACCCUAAGCCGCCACGCACAACCACAACCGCAAUCAGAAUCACAGCAAACCAACCUUUUAGAAGCAGACCCCACCCCCAAAGCACGACGCAAAAGCUUCACCCACACCCGCAUCCCCUCCCUGCCCUUCAUCGUGAAAGCCCUCCACCUCGACCGCCCCCGCCUCAUCGCCCGUGCCUCCUCCUUUACGCGGGUCUGGGAAGCCCAGCCCUCGGUGUACUGGCUCGGCCGCUUCGUAACCCUGACCAACGCGUUCCACUACGAGGACGCCUUCCAGCAGCCCGACGUGGCCACGGGGUUGGGAUGCUGUCGAGCUACUCGCGGCCGCUGA